AUGGCGAUGUCACCGACCCCCCAGGCCACUCCCGCGAGGCAGCCCCCGCCCCCGCCCCUCGCCCGCACCAGAUCCUGGGCUCCAGGCACCCGGGCAGCCGGAGCUCGCCCAGGGAGCCCCGCGCCAGCCAGCCGAGGGCCCAGGAGCCCGUGGGGAUUCGGGGUCGCCGGGCUCACCCCAGCGGCCUCCGGGAUAAAACAGGCACCCCCAGCCCUUGGUCAGGGGACAGCUCGCGACGGCACAGUCCGCGCCCCUGCAACCGGCUGCCUGCCCGGAGGGCUCCGGGGCGACCAGGCGUCCAGGCUCCCAGGUGUCUGCUGCUGGGAAACACCCCGCCAGCCUCCCCCCGACGCCCCGACACCGCCCCGGCGACCAAGGCAGACCCCGAUCCUCCAGCCUUACCUCCGGGGGACAAGCAGGCACAGGACUGUCGCCUGGGGUCGGAAAUCAGGCGGAGGACCGGACCCGGUGGCCGCUCGCCUCCCCCAGCCGCCCUGCGCGCUCGCCCUCUUCGGAGUCCCGGGCUCCCCGCACCUGCGCGGCUCACGCAUGCGCGCUAGGCACGCGCCCACCCGUGCGGGGAAGCGGGCGUGUCCGCGCGUGGGCCUCGGCCCUUCCAGGCGCAGCCGCAGAGCCUCCGAGCCCGAGACUGUCCGAGCUGACCGCGGGCAGGCGGCGGCGCCCGUCUCGGCUCGGCCUGUCCGCAGGACGGGUCCCGGCUUCCCCGGCCUCCACGGCCCCCGGGGUCGUUCACUGCGGGGUCACCGGCCGGCCAGCAGCCACCACUGCUGGAAACUGCGCUGCUCCUCGUCCCCCCUCCAGCCCGCCCCCGCUCCCCCUGCGCGGCCUGCACGGCACCCUCUGCCCCUCUCCAGCCCACCUGGCGGCCCCGUGGAGCUCCAGUCCGCCCCAGAGCACCUGACCGGCCUCAGAGUGGAAGGACCCCCACCCUGGGAGGGUCCUUGA